AUGUCAGAACCUACAAAGGACCCCGUUGAAGAAAUCACUCAAAAGACUGAAGAAGUUAUCCUUGACGAGGAAGGCAAACCUCUUUCCAAAAAGGCCUUGAAGAAGCUUCAAAAGGAAAAGGAAAAGGCCGAACGCAAGGCUGCUACUGCCGCUAAGCUUGCUGAGGAGAAGGCUGCUCGUGAUGCUGCUAAUGUGGACUUUUCGCAAGACCGUUAUGGCAAGCUUCCUAUGAACCAAUCCCAAUCUCGUACUGAUACCAAAUAUGAGGACAUUACUCACAUCAAUGGGGGUCGUGCCGGUGAAUCGGUUGUGAUCCGUGCUCGUGUGCACACUUCGCGUGCUACUGGCAACAAGAUGUGCUUUUUCGUUUUCCGCCAAGGUGUGUCUACUAUCCAAGGUAUCAUCACUGCCGAUGAAAAGACCAUUAGCAAGCCUAUGGUGAAAUUCUGCGUUGGCAUUCCUUCCGAAUCCAUUGUUGUUGUCCAUGCUACCAUUUCCAAGCCUGUGGAUGAAGUCAAGAGCUGCACUAUCUCGGAUGCUGAACUUGCUAUUGACAAGAUUUACGUUGUCUCCGAAGUCAAGGAACGCAUUGUCUUUUCUCUUGAAGAUGCCUCGCGUCGUGAAACGGACUUUGAGCAAGAAGACAGCCAAUUUGUUCGUGUCAACCUUGAUACGCGUCUCAACAAUCGUGUCCUCGACUUGCGUACGACGACCAACAAUGCCAUCUUCCGCCUCCAAUCAGCCGUUUGCUUGUUGUUCCGUGAAUUCUUGAUUGAAAAGAAGUUUACCGAGAUCCACACCCCCAAAUUGAUUGCUACUGCCUCUGAAGGUGGCUCCAACGUGUUCCGCGUCUCUUACUUUAAGCAAAGUGCUUACCUCGCUCAAAGCCCUCAGCUGUACAAGCAAAUGUGUAUUGCUGCCGAUUUUGGUCGUGUCUUUGAAAUUGCACCUGUCUUCCGUGCCGAGGAUUCCAACACCCAUCGUCACAUGACCGAAUUCGUGGGUCUCGAUAUGGAAAUGGCUUUCAAUGAGCACUAUCACGAAGUCGUUGAUGUCCUUGAUGAAAUGUUUGUUUACAUCUUCACCAACCUCAAGAAGCGUUACAGCGUCGAGAUUGAAGCUGUCAAGAGACAAUAUCCUUUCGAAGAUUUCGAAUUCUUGCCAAAGACCCUUCGUCUCAAGUACUCUGAAGGUAUCCAAAUGUUGCGUGAUGCCGGUGUUGAACUUGGUGACUAUGAUGAUUUGAGCACCACCAACGAAAAGUUGCUUGGCAAGCUUGUCAAGGAAAAGUACCACACCGACUUUUACAUUUUGGACAAGUUCCCUCUCGCUGUUCGUCCUUUCUACACCAUGCCCGAUGCAGAGAACCCUCAAUACUCCAACUCUUAUGACUUUUUCAUGCGUGGUGAAGAAAUCAUGUCUGGUGCUCAACGUAUCCAUGAUCCCGAUUUCUUGGUUGAACGUGCAAAGGAACAUGGUGUCGAUAUCUCUACUAUCCAACCUUAUAUUGAUGCAUUCAAGAUUGGUGCUCCUCCUCACGCUGGUGGUGGUGUUGGUUUGGAACGUGUUGUCAUGCUUUACCUUGCCCUUGGCAACAUUCGUCGUACCAGUCUCUUCCCUCGUGACCCCAAGCGUCUUGAGCCUUAA